AUGACUGCUGAACUCUACUCCGGCGACCCACCUAAGGUAGUGUGGUCUCUGUCUCUCUUUCUUCAGAAAUUUAUGGGCUGGAGUCUUGACAGGGAUGUCAAAUGGCGAACUGGGGUGGAGAUUAUACCUGUUCCUUGCCGUAGUACAGACAACUUCAAUUUAAGUACAAUUUCCCUUGACCGAGGAUUCAAUCAGGCAAAGAAACGCGGUCUUAAAGUUCAUGGAAUCAUAAUUUCAACCCCUUCAAAGCCUAUGGGCAGUCUUCUCAAUCGGGAGGCACUUUACAACCUUUUGGACUUCGCAACAGAAAAGAACAUUCACAUAAUCUCCAACGAAAUACUAGCAGGAUCCAAUCAUGGAAGUGAGGAGUUUGUGAGCAGAAUUAAUGUAAAUGAAGAUGCAAAAAUACUAACAUAUUGGUUCUUAAUAUAUGUAUUUCAUCUCAAUUUUGGUUCCCAAAGUAUUGAUAUUGUUAAUUUAGUUCUUGAAGUGUUUGAUUUGUACUUAGAUGGUUCAGUAGAUGACGUCCCCGUCCCCCAAAACUGUGACCUUUGA